AUGUCGACAGCCACUUCCGGCGCCGGUGCGGCAGCAGAAACACCCAACCUCCUCCACGUCCAAUUCAAAAACCCCGAAUACCUCUCAUACCUAACUCAUCUCCAGACCGUCUCUCCGACCCCUAACCAGCCCGCCGUCGACCCCGCUCACCCGCUCACCGAGCACAACAUCAUGUCCUACUUUGCCACCUCGCCCUUCUUCGACCGGCGCAGCAACAACGAGCAGAUCCGCAUGCAGAACAUUGCCAACGGUCUCGCGACCGGUCUGUCGGCCCGCCAAGAGGAGGAGGAGCUGAGGCGGUUCACGGGGUUGGAGUUUGUACUGGUGCAUGCGAAGGGCGGGUGUUUCGUGGUGCAGAAGCGAUGGAGGACGGGACCGGGGGAGGUGACGCCACUGGCGAGCUACUAUGUGGUCAACGAGUCAAUAUACCAGGCGCCGGAUCUGUACAGUGUGCUGGCGACGAGAUUGCAAUCGACAGUGUUCGGCCUCAAAUCGUCCCUCACCACCCAGAGGAGAGCAAGACCCUCCUUCGAUCCCAGGCGCGGACACCAUGGAAGAUUCAUCGUUCCCGAUCCCCCCACAACGUCGUCCAAUGACGCCGACGCAAAGGCUGCGACCGACAACGAGGAAGAGGACGAAGAGGCAGCUGCACAGGACGACGAGAUGGAAUUCGAAGACGUCCACGCCGCACCGACAAGUGCACCCCCAGCAGACGGACCACAGGUCAAGAGGGCGCGCUUCGACUGA